UUUUGCCUUUGAAGAGGACUGCAUGCGGGAAGGAGAAGCGGCGCCACUCGACUCGAAAUAUUGUUCCAAGCGAAAAUCUCGUCCUUUGGGGCUCCGUCACAGUUCACACCUUCAUUGAAGCCACUCCCACAACAAUUUACCAAUAAAUACUGUGAAUAUUCCCAUCAUCCUACAAGAGAAGUUCUUCAGACCAGCAGGAAGAACUGAAAUCUGUGUGAUAUACUAUGGUGAAGAUGGAGUUUGUUAAAGAAGAGAGAGAAGACAUGAGUUAUCCAGAAUCAUCCAGAAUAAAACAUGAAGAUACUGAGGAACAAAUAGAUCUGAUUGAAGUGAAAGAGGAGAGUCAAGAACUGAAUGAAGUGGAGGAGAAUCAUAACUUCAAAACAGAAGAAAACUAUUUUAGCUGCUCACAGAUGGAAAUUAAUUUCUCACAAGAGAGAACUCGAAAUACAGAAGCUGAAACCUCUUUCAUCUGCCCUGAGUGUGGAAAGACUUACACGCGUAAAGAUACCCUUAAGAUGCAUUUAAGAAUUCACACUGGAGAGAAACCUCACACAUGUCAGCAGUGUGGAAAGGGUUUCAAAUCUAAAUCAGAUCUUAAUAGACACAUGAUAAUUCACACUGGAGAAAAACCUUACAACUGCGCUCAGUGUGAAAAGAAGUUUGCAUGUACAAGUAAUCUUAAGAAGCACAUGAGACUUCACAGUGGAGAGAAACCUUUCACAUGCUUUCAAUGUGGAAUGAGUUACAGAUAUAAAUCAAAUCUUAAUAGACACAUGAGAAUUCACACUGGAGUGAAGCCCUCAUAGCUUUGAAAUGGAAGCUGAUAAGCUUCUGAGUUUCUCGUACCGCUUCGCAUUUCCUUUCAAUCAUAAAAACAGACCCUUGUCCGUUGGUAUGCAUAACUCCAACCAGAAAUGGAGACUUGAGUUAGAGACUCGGACUCGAGUCGCACUAGUCUCGUUUUAAUAGACUUCAGACUCGACCUAAAAUGACUUCAGACUUGACUCCACUCGAAACAAAGGACUCGUGAAUAUCUCAAAAAAAAGAGUCUUUUAAACUUAAAACAAAUUUUUCCUUUAAGAUAUUAAUAGUUAUUACAUCCACUUCACAUUUACCCAUGUGUCAUGAUCGAUCGGUCCCUUAUCAUAGAAUUUGAUGUAUUUCCUUAUAAACCCCGAAAUGUGAUAUGAGUCCCACGAAACAUGACGGCACCCACCGCAGAAACUUAAAGAAGAAAAUAUUCUCAAAGGUUAGUCACAUUAACACACAAAGCUAGCUAAUAUUGUACUGUUGCAAACAUUAGGCAUUGUAGCUACAUGAUCGCCAACCAGAGGAUGUCAGUUUAAACCUAGCGCUUCAUUUUAUCAAUGUUUUUGUAGUGUAUACUCUCUGUGUGUGUAGAGUAUGUAGUAAGAGUAUUAAAUAUACAGUUGUGCUCAAAAGUUUGCAUACCCUUGGAGAAUUGGUAAUAUAUGUACCGUUUUUAAAGAAAACAUGAGUGAGCAAGCAAAACGCAUUUCUUUUAUUUCUUAUGGGAUUCAUAUUCAACUGUAGGUUAUAACAGAAUGGCACAAUCAUAAAACAAAACAUGGCAACAAAGAAAAAAAUGAAAUGACCCCUGUUCAAAAGUCUGCAUACCCUUAGUUCUUAAUACUGAGUAUUGCCCCCUUUAGCAUCAAUGACAGCGUGCAGUCUUUUGUAAUAGUUGUCUAUGAGGCCCCAAAUUCUUGCAGGUGGUAUAGCUGCCCAUUUGUCUUGGCAAAAUGCCUCCAGGUCAUGCAAAGUCUUUGGUCGUCUUGCAUGAACCGCACGUUUGAGAUCUCCCCAGAGUGGCUCGAUGAUAUUAAGGUCAGGAGACUGUGAUGGCCACUCCAGAACCUUCACCUUUAUUUGCUGUAUCCCGAACAAUUCUUCUGGCAGUUGUGGCUGAAAUCUGUCUUGGUCUACCUGACCUUGGCUUGGUAUCAAGAGAUCCCUGAAUUUUCCACUUCUUAAUAAGUGAUUGAACAGUACUGACUGGCAUUUUCAAGGCUUUGGAUAUCUUUUUAUAUCCUUUUCCAUCUUUAUAAAUUUCCAUUACCUUGUUACGCAGGUCUUUUGACAGUUCUUUUCUGCUCCCCAUGGCUCAGUAUCUAGCCUGCUCAGUGCAUCCACAUGAGAGCUAACAAACUCAUUGACUAUUUAUACACAGACACUAAUUACAAUUUAAUAAGCCACAGGUGUGGGAAAUUAACCUUUAAUUGCCAUUUAAACCUGUGUGUGUUGCCUUGUGUGUCUGUAACAAGGCCAAACAUUCAAGGGUAUGUAAACUUGAUCAGGGCCAUUUGGGUGAUUUCUGUUAUCAUUAUGAUUUAAAAAGAAGCCAAACAACUAUGUGAUAAUAAAUGGCUUCAUAUGAUCACUAUUCUUAAAUAAAAGACAUGAUCGGUCAUAUUUUCAAAAUCAAUGCCAAAAUUUCACAAUUUCUGCCAGGAUGUGCAAACUUUUGAGCACAACCGUGUUUGUGUGUAUGUGUGUAAUAUAUAUAUACACCAAGCAGCCACAACAUUAAAACCACCUGCCUAAUAUUGUGUAGGUCCCCCUCGUGCUGCUAAAAGAGCGCCAACCCGCAUCUCAGAAUAGCAUCCAGAGAUGAUAUUCUGCUCACUACAAUUGUACAGAUGGAUUAUCUGAGUUACUGUAGACUUUGUCAGUUUGAACCAGUCUGGCCAUUCACUGACCUCUCUCAUCAACACGGCGUUUCCAUCCACAGAACUGCCGCUUACUGGAUGUUUUUUGUUUUUAAUGCCAUUCAGAGUAAAUUCUUGAGACUGUUGUGUGUGAAAAUCACAGGACAUCAGCAGUUAUAGAAAUACUCAAACCAGAUGCGGGUUCUGCAAUGCGGGUUGGCGCUGUUUUGGCGGCAUGAGGGAGACCUACAGAAUAUUAGUGUUUUGGCUGAUCGGGGGGCCUGGGUAGCUCGGCGAGUAUUGACGCUGUCUACCACCCCUGGAGUCGCAAGUUCAAAUCCAGGGCGUGCUGAGUGACUCCAGCCAGGUCUCCUAAGCAACCAAAUUGGCCCGGUUGCUAGGGAGGCUAGAGUCACAUGGGGUAAACUCCUCGUGGUCGCUAUAAUGUGUGGUUCUCACUCUCACUGGGGUGCUUGGUGAGUUGUGCGUGGUGUGACGACACAGAGAAUAGCAUGUCACGCCUCCACAUGUGCUGCGGUAAUGCGCUCACCAAGCCACGUGAUAAGAUGCGUGGAUUGACUGUCUCAGACGCGGAGGCAACUGAGAUCCAUCCUCCGCCACCCGGAUUGAGGUGAGUCACUACGCCACCACGAGGACUUGGAGCGCAUUGGGAAUUGGGCAUUCCAAAUUGAUGAGAAAAGGGGAGGGGGGGAAAGGUGUUUUCAAAAGUGCUCUGGGAUAAAAUUGUGGAAAGGAACAGGUUAGGAGAAUAGUACAAAAAUGUUUCAAAGACUUUAACUAUCCCACUGAGUACCAUACAGAGCACUAAGUGGAAAGCACACGGCACCACCAAAACCUUGCCUAGAUCAGGCCGUCCCUCCAAACUUGAUGACUGUGCCAUGAGGAUAUUGAUCAGGGAAGCUAUUAAGAGGCCAAAGGCAACUUUGAAGGAUUUACAAGCCCAUAUGGCUGAGAUUGAUCAUUCUGUGCAUGUGACAACAAUCUCCCAAGCUUUACACAAAGCUGGCCUGUAUGGCAGGGUGGCAAGAAAGAAACCUCUUCUGAAAAAGUGCCAUAUUAAGUCUAUGUUGUGGGGGUUUUUCUCUUCAGCUGGGACAGGGCAAUUGGGCAACAGGAUUGAAGGGAAAAUGGAUGCUGCCAUGUAAAAUCUGUGGCCAUCAGUUCGACAAUUGAAGAUGGGCAGGUCGUUCACAUUUCAGCACAACAAUAACCGUAAACACUCCACCAAAAAAACAAUGCAGUGGCUUAAGGAUGGGAAAGUCAAAGUCCUCGAGAGUCCUGACCUAAAUCCAAUAGAAAGCCUGUGGAUGUAUUUGAAGAGGGCAGUCCAUCGCCGCUCGCUCCGCAAUUUGACUGAACUCAAACAAUUCUGCAAGGAAGAAUGGGCAAAUAUUCCCAAAUCUAUGUGCUUGAAGCUAGUAGAGAUGUAUCCAAACAGACUGAUGGCUGUCAUUAAAUCAAAAGGUAGCUCUAUGAAGUAUGAAAUCCAGGGGUAUAAUCACUUUUCAAACCCUGUGCUUCUAGUUUUUCUUUUAUACAUUUUUGGAACUGUUGCAUUAUUUUAUUUUGUUUGUUACUUGAAUAUUGUAUGACAAAAUUUGUAAAUAAAUCAGGAAAAAAUUGUUUUAAUAGAUUUUGAUUUCAGGCUGGAAGACAAAAAAAAAAAUAAAAAUUGACCAUUCCAAAGGGGUAUGAAGGUUUUCUUUGG